UAUUUAUUACUCCAAGAAUAUCUCUAAUCUUAACAAAUUAAAUAACAUUAAAAAAUUUUGUGAAGAAAAAAUAAAAACCAUAUUUGAUUAUUUAAAAUUAUUUUAUCCCAGUAAGUAAGCUCAAUUGAUUUCGUGUGAUCUUGGGUUUCCUCUGUUUUCCUCUCUUUUUUCUCUUUCUUUUCAUUGUUUAAGGCUGCAACCAAACCAAAAUUCACCAUUCCCACCAAAACCUUUCUUUCCUUCCCGAAAUCUCAAGUAUUUCUUGGUGGGUUUAUAUUUAAUUUUACACUAUCUUCCUUUACUCAAUACCCGGAUAGCCGAGCUUGUAUGUGGUCAGACUCUUUUAGACCUUGAGAAAUUUACGAGCUUAUAUGUGAUCAUACUCUUUUACAACCCGGCCGAUUGUUCAAAAGGAAUAAGGAGGAAAUCAGAAUGAUUUUUGUUUGAUCAUUGAAAGGUCGAUUUCUUUUGGGGUACUUAAAAAAGUAGCAACUUUAAACUUAUAUUAACACCCAAAAAUAAAAUCAAAAAAACUGUGCUUGUUCACGCUUUGAUAGGCGUGCUUAAAUCGAUGAAAAUUGGCAGGCCCCUCAAAACAAUUCUCCCUUUCUUUAAUUUUUAAUAUUUUUUUUUCCACUAUUUUUUCAACCAAAUGGAUUACUUUCAUAAACAUGGCCCACUAAGAUUACAGUAGUAUAGUAGUCCCUUUUUGCAGGUUUUGUUCCUUAGAAUUUUUUCUUUGUUCUUCCUCUUUUUUCUUGUAUUUUUCCUUCAUCCUUUUGUUUUUCUCUCAGAUAAUUUUACUAGUAGAUUCUCUAAGGAAUUUUUUCUCUGAACUCUUGGAAUAUUAUUUAACCAACUUUAAUUAUAAUUAUUUCUGAUAAAAAAUUGAAAGAUGAGGUUUUUUGGGGAAAUGGGUACUUCAUAUUUUUGCUGGGUUCUUUUGGGUGCUCAUUUUAUUUUUCUGGGGUUGUAAAAUGGUGCUGUUUUGAGGUUGAAGAGAGAGAAAGUAGAGAGAAAAAAAACACAGAAGUUUAGAUUUUAAUGGCUUCUACUACUGUUGACGACAAAGUUAAAACAGUAGGAAGAGGAAGUUGUGGGCCACCAUUUCCAUCAAAUUUACUUGAAGAAAUGAAGUUACUCAAAGAAAUGCAGGACAAUUCUGGGGCCCGGAAGCCUUUACACUCAGAGCUUUGGCAUGCUUGUGCUGGUCCUCUUGUAUCCUUGCCUCAAGUAGGAAGUCUUGUCUAUUACUUCCCACAAGGCCAUAUUGAGCAGGUGGCGAUAUCUACAAAACGUCCAGCAACUUCUCAGAUCCCCAACUAUCCAAAUCUUCCGUCUCAAUUGAUGUGUCAAGUUCACAAUGUUACACUUCAUUCGGACAAGGAUACAGAUGAGAUAUUUGCCCAAAUGAGUCUUCAACCUAUUAAAACUGAAAAGGAUGUUUUCCCUAUACCUGAUUUUGGGCUGAAGGCCAGCAAGCAUCCUACUGAAUUCUUUUGCAAAACUUUGACUGCAAGUGAUACGAGUACUCAUGGAGGUUUCUCCGUGCCUCGCCGAGCAGCAGAAAAGUUGUUUCCUCCUCUGGAUUAUACAAUGCAACCUCCAUUUCAAGAGCUUGUUGUGAAAGACUUGCAUGAUAAUACAUGGACAUUCCGCCAUAUCUACCGUGGGCAGCCGAAAAGACAUCUUCUGACAACUGGAUGGAGUGUUUUUGUUGGCUCUAAGAGACUUCGUGCAGGGGAUGCAGUUCUGUUUAUCCGAGAUGAGAAGGGUCAAUUGAUGAUUGGUGUGAGGCGUGCAAACCGUCAGACAACAACUCUUCCGUCAUCUGUUCUAUCUGCUGACAGCAUGCAUAUCGGAGUUCUUGCUGCAGCUGCACAUGCUGCUGCUAACAGAACCCCAUUCACAGUUUUCUACAAUCCUAGGGCAUGUCCUACUGAAUUUGUAAUUCCUGUGGGCAAAUAUCGGAAGGCAAUAUAUGGAACACAAGUAUCUGCUGGGAUGAGGUUCGGUAUGAUGUUUGAGACAGAGGAAUCGGGUAAAAGAAGAUAUAUGGGAACAAUAGUUGGUGUAAGCGACUUGGAUCCGCUGAGAUGGCCUGGUUCAAAAUGGCGCAAUCUGCAGGUUGAAUGGGAUGAACCAGGAUGUGGUGAUAAGCAGAGUAGAGUGAGUUCAUGGGAAAUUGAGACUCCUGAAAGUCUUUUCCUAUUUCCUUCUCUGACUUCAGGCUUUAAGCGGCCCUUCCAUCCUGGAUUUUUUGGAGGAGAACUUGAGUGGGGAAAUUCGAUAAAGAGGCCUUUCAUUCAUCUCCCCGACAUGGGUGCUGCAAAUCUUUCAUAUGCAUCACUUCCAAAUGUUUGGUCAGAGCAAUUGGUCAAGGCACUAAUGCGGCCAGAGAACAUGGGCUAUCCUUCCAUGCUAGCCUCAUGUCCACCGCCACCUAUACUACAAGAAACAAAGGCAAACAUUGAGGCAGCAACGCUGCAUAAACCACAGAUAGUUUCUUCACAGAACGUUUCUGUUCAAAAUUAUCCUUCGCAGCAGCUCAACCAACGUGAAGUGGGAAAUGUUUCAGGGGUGGAACAGGCUAGCAAGACAAACCAGCCUUUGAUGGAUGGUGAAAAAACUAAGCCAGAACCUUUGUGUGAACCUAGUCAGCUAAGCCAACUUGCUUCUGCUGGGCACUGCAAUGAGGAGAGAGAGAGAAGCAAUCUUUCUAACCCUCCAUCCCAACAAAGCAUAGAUGCAAAAGAUAACAAUCAGAAACUAAUGCAACCACCAGCUAUGUCAUCUGUAUUUCAGUCCCCAUUGACUGAUGUCCCUCCGUCUGAUCUUUCUAGUCUAAACGGUUUAUUUCCUUACAUGGAUGCUUCUGAUUGGUUACCUUAUUCUUCAUCAACAAUAUCAGAAGUAAUUGAUCCUUCAUUGCCUUCAAUUGGUCAAGAUAUAUGGGAGCAAAGUCAGAACCUGAGGUAUCCAGCUCAGUCAGAUCAAUUUGGUUCAUACUCGCAGUUGUCAGAUGAAACAAAUAAUCAGAGUGGGAUAUAUAGCUGCAUUGAUUUAGACAUGGGUAAUGGUGGAAAUGCAAUUGUUGAUGCAUCGAUCCCAAAUGCUGUUUUGAAUAAAAUGUGUCCUAAGGAGGCAAGUUUACAGUAUUCUUCAGACUGUUUAGUGGGCAACUUCAGUUCGAGCCAGGAUCUUCAGUCUCAGAUUACAUCAGCAAGCCUAGCUGAUUCUCAGGCAUUCUUACAAGACUUUCCUGAUAAUAAUUCAGGUGGUACGUCUUCAAGCAAUGUGGAUUUUGACGAGAGCAGUCUUUUGCAAAACAAUUCAUGGCAGCAAGUGGUGCCUCCCAUGCGUACAUAUACAAAGGUUCAAAAGGCAGGAUCGGUUGGGCGGUCGAUUGAUGUGACAAGCUAUAAGGAUUAUGAAGAACUGCGGUUUGCUAUUGAACGCAUGUUUGGACUAGAGUGUCUGCUCAAUGAUCCAAGAGGAUCCGGAUGGAAAUUAGUUUAUGUUGACUUUGAGAGUGACGUUCUGCUGGUUGGAGAUGAUCCGUGGGAGGAGUUUGUCAGUUGUGUUCGAUGCAUCCGUAUAUUAUCGCCUGCAGAAGUUCAGCAGAUGAGCGAAGAAGGAAUGCAGCUUCUCAACAACAAUGCAAUUCCAGGAAUUAGCAGUGCUCCUUAGACAUGUUAGUUUCUUCAGAUGGCCAAUGCUACACCCACGGGGCUGCUAACACGAAGGACCUAAAGCUUGUCAUCUACAGAAGGGAGAGCUGUGUUGAUUCCGCCCUUACUAAAGGAUUGUUGCUGACUAGCAUGUUGGCUAUGACAGUGUACAUUGUGGGAAUGUGUUAAGAGUUUAGGUAGAUCAAUGCUAGACUUUAGAGCUUGUUUUGUUAACCCCUGUCGUGACAUUUAGGUUUCGGAGAGUUGGGACAUAAUGUUAUAAUGUAAUGUAUUGUACCUUGAAAUUUUAAUGUAUGGAUCAUGAAACAUUUGAAUGUCUAAAACAAAGGGCAAUUAGAGAGUUGUUCCGAUCCAACGUCAAGUAGCUUAAGUCUAUUAGGUCACAAGGCUUGAUACAAUUGUUUGUACCAUAUGCUUGUAAUUUUGCAUUCUUUUACGAGUCUGCACCCACUAUGUUUCUCCAGAAGUGUAUUACUACAUUUUGGAAAAUCAAUUUAUCCUUUGAUAUCUAUAAAAUUAAAUUAUAAUAACA